AUGUCUGCUAAAUCAAUUCGCGAAGCUGACGGGAAGGCUAUCCUCAAUUACCAUCUCACUCGUUCCGCCGUCAUCUCUGAGUCUCCUUUGCCUCCCCCUCCUCACAAUGCACCAGCAAAACUUGCCUCCAUCACCUUUCCUGAAGGUUCGUCUCCAGCAGCUAUCUUAGAUGCUGCUGAGCAGCAAUACCCAUGGCUGCUCGAGCAAGGUGCCAAGUUUGUCGCAAAGCCUGAUCAACUCAUCAAGAGACGUGGAAAGGCUGGAUUGUUAGCAUUGAACAAGAAUUGGGCCGAUGCACGUGCUUGGAUUCAGGAGAGAGCCGGAUCGGAGGUCCAGGUAGAGGUUGUCAAGGGCUACCUGAGAACUUUCUUGGUUGAGCCCUUUUGCCCGCACAAGCCUGAGGAGGAAUAUUAUAUCAACAUCCAUUCCGUCAGAGAAGGUGACUGGAUUCUCUUUACCCAUGAGGGUGGUGUGGAUGUUGGCGAUGUGGAUGCAAAAGCUGAGAAACUUUUGAUUCCGGUUGAUCUGAAACAAUACCCCUCAAAUGAAACUAUUGCGUCCACCCUUCUCAAAAAGGUUCCCUCAGGAGUACAUAAUGUGUUGGUCGACUUCAUUACAAGAUUAUACGCUGUCUAUGUCGACUGCCAAUUUACCUACCUUGAGAUCAACCCCUUGGUGGUCAUUCCCAACGAGGACAAGACCUCAGCCGAGGUCCACUUCUUGGAUCUUGCUGCAAAACUCGAUCAAACAGCCGAGUUUGAGUGCGGAGCAAAAUGGGCAGUCGCCCGAAGCCCUAUAGCCCUCGGCCUCAGACCAGUUGCCGGAAACAGCACCACCGUCUCUAUCGACGCUGGUCCGCCAAUGGAAUUCCCAGCUCCCUUUGGUCGUGAACUUUCUAAGGAAGAGGCGUACAUUGCUGAGCUUGACGCUAAGACUGGUGCCUCGCUUAAGUUGACUGUUCUUAACCCAGUUGGGCGAGUUUGGACUCUUGUCGCUGGUGGUGGCGCCUCAGUAGUCUACGCUGAUGCCAUUGCUUCAUCUGGAUUUGCCAGCGAAUUGGCUAACUAUGGAGAAUACUCCGGCGCUCCUACUGAGGGACAAACAUACCUCUAUGCUCGCACAGUCUUUGAUCUGAUGCUGCGAGCUCCUAUCCACCCAGAUGGUCGUGUCCUCUUCAUUGGUGGUGGUAUUGCCAACUUUACUAAUGUUGCCUCGACUUUCAAGGGCGUCAUCCGCGCUCUCCGUGAGUUUGCUCCUGUGUUCAUUGAGCACAAGGUUCAAAUCUGGGUCCGCCGUGCUGGGCCCAACUACCAAGAAGGCCUGAAGAACAUCAAGAAUGUUGGACAAGAGCUGAAGCUUGAUAUGCACGUCUACGGGCCUGAAUGCCAUGUUUCUGGUAUUGUUCCAAUGGCGCUUCUUGGAAAGAACCCCGGAAAUAUUCAGGAGUACUCGGGGUAAAAAGGUAUUUAAUGUGCGGGGAAGCAAAACAUAGAGUUAGCUGUUUUUAUUAGGUUUUCAGCAUUCAGAAUUAUUAUUUUUCUUGGGGGAAUACCAAAAGCAAAUGGUCGCUUCCCAAAAUUCUGGUCAUGAAGGGGACAUUUAAAUAUAACAUGAUCUUUU